GAGAGUAACUAAAGGAGACACUUUUCAUGACGUAGACGUGUUGGGAGAGGAGGCUUUUUGAAAAAGGAUACGUAAUGUGUCGCAAGUUUGGAAAAUUCGAAUAAGAUUUUUAAAACGUAGUCUCCUUAGGAAACUCAUUUUAAGUGUUUCUUGGCAUGGCUGUGAAAGCUGUGCUUCCCUGGUUUGAACAUUUUGGGGACAAAAUCUGUGUGAAAUUCUGAAAACUUCCCCCGGGAAAAAGGUAACUCCUUGUGGCACUUGCAAACCCCCGUCCCCCAGUUUCCCAGUUCCCGGAUCGCAAGGCUGAGAAGAGUUCUUAAAUGAUGACAGUUACAAGAUUAUUUUGUCUUCGUUCAGGAAGUAGCCAUUCUAAACGAUUUCUGUAGUAAAUAUAUAUAAAUGAUCGCUUUUCCCCGUUUUUUUUUUAAAUUUUAAUUGAAGUAAUGAAAUAAUCUUCACUUUUCUAGCUAGGACUUCUCUCAAACUUGUGUGCUGAGGAGACUCAGAUGUUGGCCUCAGCUCCUAGGCUGAACUCAGCAGAUCGGCCCAUGAAAACUUCUGUUUUGAGACAAAGGAAAGGAUCCGGCAGAAAGCAACAUCUAUUAUCCUGGGCUUGGCAGCAAGGAAGGGGACAGGUAGUGGAAAUCCUGCAAUCCGAAAAGCAGACUGAAAGGUGACAAAGAAGCUGAAGAUGGGUGGCGGAGAGAGGUAUAACAUUCCAGCCCCUCAAUCAAGAAACGUUAGUAAGAACCAGCAACAGCUUAACAGACAGAAGACCAAGGAUCAGAAUUCCCAAAUGAAGAUUGUUCAUAAGAAAAAAGAAAGAGGACAUACUUAUACCUCAUCAGCAGCUGCACGGCAGGCCAUGCAAAAUGGGGGGAAGAACAAAAAUUUUUCAAAUAAUCAAAACUGGAACUCUAGCUUAUCAAGUCCUAGCUUACUUUUUAAGUCUCAAACUAAUCAGAACUACGCUGGAGCCAAGUUUAGUGAGCCACCAUCACCAAGUGUUCUUCCUAAACCACCAAGCCACUGGGUUCCAGUUUCCUUUAAUCCUUCUGAUAAGGAAAUAAUGACAUUUCAACUUAAAACCUUACUUAAAGUACAGGUAUAAAAUAAGAUAAAAUACUAAUGUUUAAAUUUAGUUAUAUUUAAGGGUAGUUGUCCAUUGUUCCAGACCAAAUUCACUAGGGUAUUAAUCUGUAAAACUGCUAAUUAAUGUAGAAAAUAUAGACUUCAUCUUUACCUGUUUUACAUGUUGUGUGCACUGUGUUGUAAUGAUAGUAUCAGUGCAACUUAAAAUUAACUAAAUUAUUGGUAAUUGUACUUGAUAUUGUGUUCUCAAUGGAGUAACUCUUAAAUGAAACCUGUCAAGUUUAGAUUUGGGGAAUGGUAAUCAGCUUUUCCUGUUUGUUGGGCAAAAAUACUAAUUUAAGAAUAUCAUUCAUGGAUCAGAUUUACUUGUUGAAAGCUAGUCAAUCUGAUUAUAAGCAUCCAGUUAAAAGACAUACAGGGAUUGAAAAGUAGUUGAAUAUUUGACAGUUUAAAGUCCUAGAACCACCCAAACCAGUAAUAAUGCCAACAACCUGAUGCACUGCCAAAAAGAAAAUGUGAAUUUUUCUUAGAGAAUAGUUGCAUUUUAGUAAACUGCUGGUGAAUGUGGAAAGGGCACGAGGGGCUAUCUAAUUUAGAAUGAGACCAUAUACCCCAAUGGCCGUUUUCUUUCAUGCAGUGGGUAUCCGCCAACUAAAGCACCAAAACCAUUUUUUACAGAGACAGUAUUUGGUGGUCACUGAGUAGCUUUCAAAAUACAUUUUUGUAUUACAGCACUGCAUAAGCUAUUCUGACAGUGAUCUGGUCUCAAAUCAUUCCCCGCAAAGCUUACUUAAAAGUGGGGAGCUAUAUAAUGUGAAAGUUUUAAGUACCUAGGAAAGAGCCAUGUAAAUAUAUGUAAUAAACUUGUAGCAUAUGUAAAGUUUUGUUGGCAUUUAUCCUACAAAAAUAGAAUAUUUUAGUAUGAAUUUGCUGAAUGUAAGACCAUGGACUCUGCUUUUAUACUAUGGCCUGAUUUUAAAGGUCCAAAAUAAUUUGUUUUUAAAGUUUGCCCUUGUGCUAAAGUGCCAGUGUAUGUAUAAUUGAUCUGGUUGUAAACUAUAUUUCAAAGUAAAUCCUAGUGUAAUAAGUUUAUAUAACUGUAAAGGUUUUAAGCUGCUAAAACACUUCCUAUUUUUAAGAGAUGUGAAAUGCAGUAUGGGACUGUUUUAAUUUUUCUUCCUUAAGCCCAAAGAUUAACUAUUAAAGGGUCCCUCCAACCUUAAAGAUUCAUUUUGGCUUUCAAUAACUUUUGUAAUCUAUAACGAAUAUAGUUUAGUGUACGUCAGUAUAUAUAUUUUUUGUUACUAGUCAAAGUGCAACCCAGGGGACCGUUUAUGCAAAAGAUGUAAUUUCUUGCAUAAUACCUUGUUGAUACCAUGUUUUACCUAAGUAUAACAGCUAACCCAACAGUAAAUUGCAAAUGUGUGUGGGCGAGUCAAUUUAAAGUUUCUGAUUAUAAGUGCCCUAUUCUAAUUUGGCAGCUUUUUGACAUUUUAAAGCAGAAUGGCCAAGUUGUAUUUCUCCAAGUAAACUUAGAUGAGGUAAUAAUAUUGCUCAAGUCAAAUAAUGCUAUCCUAAAUUCAAGUUUACAUAGUACUUAAUGUACACAUGUGAAUUUCAAGCAUGAAAUUAAAAUAAAAUUGCUUCUUCCC